UCAACAAAUUACAAACCAAUCUUUUCCUCUUUCUCUCAUGGCCACUUAUAGUGGACUUUUAGUCUCCAUUUUUCUUCUUAUGAUAGUAACUUUCUCCGCCGGAGACCACACGGGAAAAGGUAUUACGAGUAAGCAUAAGAAAAGUCGAAAACUCCGGUUUGAUGGGAAAAAAGGAGAAUUCAGAAUACUUCAAGUUGCGGAUAUGCACUUUGCAAAUGGAAAAACUACGGAAUGUUUAGAUGUCUUGCCGUCUCAAUUUUCCGGUUGCUCGGACCUCAACACCACCGCCUUUAUCCGCCGUAUGAUCAGGGCGGAGCGUCCUCACCUUAUUGUUUUCACCGGAGAUAAUAUCUAUGGAUUCGACGCAACGAACUCUUCAACUUCCAUGGACGCUGCGUUCUCGGCUGCGAUAGAAUCGAACAUUCCAUGGACUGCUAUUUUGGGUAACCAUGAUCAAGAAGGAACACUUUCUAGGGAAGGAGUUAUGAAAUAUAUAGUAGGUAUGAAGAACACUUUGUCUAGGCUCAAUCCGGUUGAUGAUGAAUCAAUUGAUGGUUUUGGAAACUAUAAUUUGGAAGUGAAUGGAGUUGAUGGUUCCAUCUAUGAAAAUAAGUCUCUUCUCAACUUAUACUUUCUUGAUAGUGGUGAUUAUUCAACUGUUUCUGCUAUUCCUGGUUAUGGAUGGAUCAAACCUUCUCAACAAGUUUGGUUCCAACAAACUUCUAAAGCUCUUCAGAGAGCAAACAUAAACAAUCCUCCAGCCCCUGGACUUGUUUACUUUCAUAUUCCAUUAACAGAAUACUCCAAUUUCAUCUCCAAUUCAAGCUACAAAGGUGUUAAACAAGAAGGGAUUAGCUCUGCUUCAGUGAACUCGGGUUUUUUCGCAACAAUGGUGGAAGCAGGUGACGUGAAGGCGGUUUUCACUGGUCAUGAUCAUGUGAAUGAAUUCUGUGGAGAAUUGAUGGACAUUCAUCUCUGUUAUGCUGGUGGAUUUGGAUAUCAUGCUUAUGGAAAGGCUGGAUGGUCAAGAAGGGCAAGAAUGGUGAUUGCAUCUUUAGAGAAAACAACAACAAUUGAUGAUCAUAAUGGUGGUUGGGGAGCUGUUAAGUCUAUUAAAACUUGGAAAAGGCUUGAUGAUUUCAAUCUUUCUAUGAUUGAUGUUCAAGUGAUAUGGAGCAAGAAGAAUAAAAAGAAUUGAAUGAAAGCUAGCUAGAGAUUCAUCUAGACCAUGUUUCUAUU